GCGUGCGCCCGGCGCAGCUGCCCGUCGCGUCAGAGGCCUCCGCCCGCAGCGCCGAUAAGCAGCGGGAGGCGCGCGCCAGUGCCCCGGCGUUGCUGGGACCGACUCGCCACCGCCGCCGCCGCCAUGGCCUUCGUCCUCUUGGCGCUCGCCGCCGCGCUGCUGGUGCCACGCCCGUCCGCUCACGACGCCACCGUCGCCGGCGCUGCCACCGCCACGCUCGGCCCUGACUUGGCACUCGCCUCGCACGGAGCAGGGAACGGCACUGCAUCUCCGGCGGCGGGGGGUUCGAGCGUUGCGGUCCCGGGGCCGGGUCGCCCCGCCCCCCCGCGGCCCGCCCCGCCAGAGCCGGAGCCGGAGCCCGAGCCGCAGCAGGUGAUGGUGGGCGCGCCGCGCAGGCGCUUCAGUAAUCUUCGCCGCUGCGACGUGGGCUACUCGUGGAUCCGCGGCCUCUGCCGCCGCGUCUUCGGCACCGAGGCCACCUCCCUCGCCACC